GAAACAAAGGCAAAGCCCGCGAAACCCAACUGCAGCAACUCUGUGAUGGAAGGCUCCUACUCUGAGUAUUGAAAUACAUCUACACGUCUUGCGGUUAUCAGUAUACUCGAAUUACUAUGGCGGACUACGUGCUCUCGCCGCUCGCUGCACGGACAUUCGGGGCAUUGUUGCUCUGGGCUUUCGUUGCCUACGGCGGUGGCGACUCCUGGAUGGUUGCUCUGCGCUCCAAGCAUCUAUCCACGCUAUCGUUCGGGCCGCAUGAGCAUGAGGUCGUCAGCGCGGGCCUGUUGCUGCUCAGCAACUCGGUGGGGGUAGUACUGCUAGGCGUGCUGCUCUUCCCGCUGCUGUGGCACCACGGCAGCCCAGGCGCCGCGGUGGGCUACCUCGCGACCCGGGCGGCCGAGGCGUUGCUGCUGGCCGCAGGAGUCAUUGCCCAGCUGCUGCUCAUUCCGCUGUCAGCGCUCGUGGCGGGCAACAGCGGGGACACCAGUGGCGGCGCCACGGCAGCAGGGGUAGGUGGCGGCGUGGCGUACUCAGACCUGGCGGCGCUGGCCGUCAAAGCCAACUUCUACGCCUUCCAAGUCGCCAUGCUGGUGCUGGGGCUGGGCAGCCUCCCGGCCUGCCUGCUGCUGCUGCGCCGGCAGCUACUGCCGGCCUGGAUGGCGGCGUGGGGGCUGCUCGGCUACAGCCUGCUGGCGGCGGGGAGUGUGGCGGAGUUGUACGGCGUGGAGGGCACGGGCGUGCCGCUGGCGAUUCCCGGGGGGCUGUGGGAGAUGGCGCUGGGGCUGUGGCUGCUGGUCCGUGGAGGCUUCUUGCAGGGCCGGGGCGAGGCGGGGGGUAGUGGCGUGAAGAAGCAGGCGUGAGCGGGAGGCGGGGUGGGUUUGGUGGGCGGCUGGGAGCGGGCGGCAUUUCGCCGCGUUGGUCGGGAAGCAUGGGUGUGGGGGGAGGGCAGCGAGACGUGAAUGUUGUUGGCGCCUUGGCGGUGGAUGGAGAGAUGUCUAGAUGGAACGACGUAAGUGGUGGACACGGAGAGAGGCCGACAGUGUGCGCUCUGUGUGCGGGGUCUGUGUAAAAGCGAAGCAGA